UGCGGGUGGGCUUUUACGUUUCCAUAUAUUUUCAUUCCAUUUAUUCCUUGUCUUGGUUUGCACACCAUCCUCGUAUCUGAAAAACAUUAAAAAAAAAAAGUGUAAAAAUUCCAAGCACCACUUUUGGGGAAUGCAAGCAGGGGAAAGAGUUGCAGAAUGUCUUCGAACAGUACAAAGACUUCCAGAGAAGAAAAGAGUUCAAUUCCAUCCUGCCGGCAUACAAACAGUAUACCCUUUUGCGAUCCACGCUCCCUUCUUUCUUUGGGACAAUAUAGUGGACAAGGCAUUCACUUCAACUGCAGCAAUAUGCUUCAUUUGAUCUGAACCCAACUGAGCUGAUCAUCAAGAGCUAGCGGGUUCUCCCCUGCCGAUCGAGAUUAUUCAGUCCUCGUUGACACUCUCCAACCACAAGUGCAACUCUGGUAGCUGCAUUUUCUUCAUCCUUCCUGCAUAGGGCAUGGCAGAAUCAAUACUUGAAGGCUUCGCACAAGAUUUACUGAAAAAGGUAAUCUCCCUGGUUGUCAGUAGAGCCUCCUUGGCUUGGGGCGUCAAGGAUGAGCUCCGCAAACUUGAAAGAACUCUCACCAAGAUCAGAGCAGUCAUUGCAGAUGCUGAGAAGCGGCAGUCCCGCGAGCAGAGAAUUCAAGUCUGGCUAGAGGAUCUUAAAGAUAUCUUGUAUGACUCCGAAAAUGUUCUGGAUGAAUUUGAGUGUGAAGAACAGCGAAAGCAAGUCAUUAAGCAAGGGAAAGUGCUCGGAAAGAGACGUCGAUUCUUUUCCUGCUCCAAUCCACUUGCCUUCCGUCUUAAGAUGGGCCUUAAGAUCAAGGAGAUAAGGACGAGAUUGGAUGAGAUUAACAAAGAGAAGGAUGCCUUCAAUCUUAUUCCGCAGACCAGCUUCAACGGCGGUUCUCGUAGCAGAUGGCGUGAAACUCAUUCACAUGUGAAUGUGUCGGAAAUCAUUGGAAGAGACAGUGAUAGGGAUGAGAUCAUCAAGAAACUACUGAGCCCUCCUGCUGACAAGAAUCCCUUUAUUGUUUCAAUUGUUGGAAUUGGGGGGAUGGGGAAGACUGCUCUGACCAAGUUGUUGUACAACAAUGAUAGGGUAAAACUUCACUUUGAUUCGAGAAUCUGGGUGUGUGUAUCUGAAGAGUUCGAUCUGAAGAUUACACUACAAAAGAUUAUCAAGUCAGCAACAGAGGAGUCAACAACCAUUCAGAACAUUCAUCUUUUAGACCUGGAGCAACUGCAGGCAAAAUUGCAAGAGCUCUUGCAAGACAAUAAAUUUUUGCUUGUACUGGAUGAUGUAUGGAGCAAUAAUCGGGGUCAAUGGAAUGAGUUGAGGGAUCUUCUUACGGGUGGCACUACAGGUAGCAGUGUAAUCGUGACAACUCGCAGCUCGGAAGUUGCAUCUGCUGCGGGCUCUCGUUAUGAGCACAAGUUAAAAGGGCUUUCACAAGGUGACAGUAUCACCAUACUCAAGAAGGUUUCAGACUAUGGGCAAGGCAGUGUAACGAAUCCUGAGCUCCUGGAGAUUGCGAGGCAACUUGUCGACAAAAGUGGAGGUGUGCCGCUCGUGGUAAAAGCUCUUGGAGGCUUGCUCCGCUCUAACACCGAUAUAAGAUACUGGAGAUAUAUCCGAGAUAAGGGUAUGUUGGCUGUGCUCCAAAAGGAGGAUGACAUCUUACCAAUUAUCAAACUGAGUUACGAUCAUUUGACGGCCGAUUUGAAGAGAUGUUUUGCCUUCUGCUCACUUUUUCCCAAGGAUUAUCGGUUUCUCAACAUUGAGCUAAACCAAUACUGGAUAGCAAGUGGACUUGUCAUAUUAAAUAAUAAUCAGAGGCUAGAGGAGCCAUGUGAUCAUUGCAUGAAAGAGUUCUUGGCAAGAUCCUUCUUCCAAGACGUGGAGGACUGCGGUGCAGUGUACUUUUUUAAAAUGCAUGAUCUGGUACAUGAUCUUGCAUCAUCCAUCGCCCAGAAUGAGUAUUCAGUCGCAAAAUUUGACACUGCAAGCAUUUCGGAUAGAGUGCGACAUGUGGAGCUCUCUUAUAGCUCCAACAACGAAACGGAAUGUGUCCCACCAUUCUUGAGCCAAGCAAAAAAGUUGCAAACCCUCCUUUGCAUGUCAAGUGAUUUGGGGAUAUCAGGGGAGGUUUUGAAAGCAUGCAUCUCUAACUGUAAGUAUCUGCGAGUGCUAGACUUGACUAAUUCCACAUUUGAGGUGCUGCCCGAUAAUAUUGAUUCCUUGAGACAUCUCAGACUUGUCGACCUAUCUAAAAAUCUCAAGAUCAAGCGACUUCCCAAAUCUAUUUGCAACCUGCAGAGCUUGCAAUUUUUAUAUCUUCAUGGAUGUGAGAGCCUUGAAGAAUUGCCAAGAGAUAUGUGGAAGCUUAUCAAUCUUCAAGCAUUGUCCGUAGCCACGAAACAAAAAAGCUUGAAGGGCAGCGACAUAGAGUACUUGAAGUCUCUACAAUUUUUCCGGAUUGAGGUGUGCAGGAAUCUUGAAACAUUGUUCGAAGGGAUGAAUAUAGAAAGCCAUGCUUCCCUUCGCACGUUUCUAAUCAAGGACUGCGAUAAUCUAACAUCCAUUCCCAUGAGCAGCAUAAAAUUUCUCACUUCUCUGGAGGUUCUAUCUUUUUGGAAUUGUGGGAAGCUUGCUUUAUCCAUGGAGGAGGAGAUAUUCUCCUCAUGCCUACGGACAUUGACUUUUUAUGGGUUACCAAUGAUGUUGACCUUUCCCAAAUGGGUCCAAGGAGCUGCUAACACAUUACAGCGCCUCCAUAUCGGCAACUGUCUGCUGCUGGAGGAACUGCCCGAAUGGCUACAUAAGCUCUCGUGCCUGGAAACACUUAUAAUUGCUGGAUGUAAUGGCAUAUCAACCCUACCAGAUGGAGUUCAAGAUCUUACUGCCCUCAAAUGUCUAAGGAUUUCUUUUUGUGGUGAGUUGGGUGACAAAUGUCGACCGGAUGGGCCAGAUUGGCACAAGAUUGCUCACGUUCCGGAUAUCGAAAUUGAUGGUGAAAAGAUUGUUCGUUCCUAGUUGAAUAGCAUUCGCAGGGUUUGUAUUUCGCUCAUUUCACCGUCUCCUCCAAGCAACUUCCGUUGAUGGUUCUUAGACUCGCUCGUGAUAACGCCCUUCCAUAUUGUCGGUGACGAACGUGGAAGUAGUAGCUUCAUCAUCAUAUGUACGUGAACUCUCGUAUCCUACUCUAUGCCUGCCUUAUUAAGAAAACUUGCAUGAACUACCAUAUGUGCUGGGAACUGGUUUAUCGGCUUGUAUUUGCUAUAUGCUUGAGAUGCUCCUAUCCUGUCCAUCUGUUCUGUUAUAUGCUAUGUUGGCACCUAGACUAUUGGCUUGUAUUCAAAGACCCUGAGUUGUUUGUUACAUGAUAUGUUCUGUCAAUUUAAUGCGACAGACAUUUGCA